AUCCCUGUCGUCCAUGUCCUAACCUCAAAUCUUGUUUACAUUAUUACCCCCUAAAUGGCUUCAAAACCCAUGAACGACGUCGAUCCCCUAAAAGACGAACGCAGCGGGAACCUCCGCGAGGUCGGCUCCCAGGCCAUUUGGAGCCUCUCGUCGUGCAAACCCGGUUUCGGGGUCGACCAGCUGCGGGACGACCGCGACGACACGUACUGGCAGUCCGACGGGCAGCUGCCCCACCUAGUCAACGUCCAAUUCCAGCGAAAAACCACAGUCAGCGACAUUUACAUCUACACUGACUAUAAGCUAGACGAGAGCUACACCCCCAGCCGCAUUUCCAUCAGAGUGGGAAGCCACUUCAACGACCUCCAGGAAAUCGAAGUCGUCAUGUUAUCAGAGCCGUCGGGGUGGGUGCACAUCCCCAUUAAAGACAUCAGGGAUAAGCCAAUAAGGGUUUUCAUGAUCCAGAUAGCUGUGACUAGUAAUCACCAAAAUGGCAGGGACACGCACAUGAGGCAGAUUAAAAUUUAUAGCCCCAUUGAGAGUCAAGGGUUGGCUAUUGAUAGUUUUAUGAAUUUUUCAACUGUGGAGUUUCAACAAUAUGCCACUAUUAGGUAGAGUAAAUAAAGUUUUUUUGAAUAUGAGAAA